CAGGCCUGCAUAUUGGAGAUCUAGGGAAUUUCUUCUUCCUGUCACCUCCUCUUGUUUAGAUGGAGGAAAGAGGUUUCCCCACCCUUCCAGAACACUGGGAUUGCAGAUUUCCAGAUGCUUUGUCUGGGAGAGUGUAGGAACUUGAGCUGCGAAUAAAGAUGGAGGAGCAGGUCCCAACCGGAUGCAAAGAAGAGGAGAGGUUGGAGCUAAUCAGAAGAGAGGUCCAAACUGGAAGGGGGAGAGAGUGUCUGAUAGACCCACAGCAAAUGAAACAGGAGCCCGAGGGAGGGCAGCAAUGCCAGGAAGCCCAAUGGCAGAAGUUCCUAAAGAUAGUGAAAUCCCCUACCACAGGAUUGAAAAACCCACAGCCUCCUAAGCACACACCAGGGGAGGACAGUAAGGAACUUCCUGUUUCCGUCAAGGGAGCAGCUGUUUCCAGCCAGCGCCCAACAGGGGACCAUGUAACACAAUUCGUCCCAGGCUGUGAACCACAAGAGGCCUACUGUGGCCUAAAUCCUGUGAAAGUGAAAGAAGAGAUUCCAGAGGAGGAGGAAGAUGGUGGCAGCUCAGAGUUCCAACGCCAGCUCUUCAGGCGGUUCUGCUACCAGGAGGCUGAAGGACCCCGAGAUGCCUUCAGCCGUCUCCAAGAACUUUGUCACAAGUGGUUGAAGCCGGAAAGCCGCAGCAAAGAGCAGAUACUGGAGAUGCUGAUCUUGGAGCAGUUCUUGACCAUCCUCCCCCAAGAAAUGCAGUGCUGGGUGAGGGAACAAGGCCCUGAGACGUGCGCCCAGGCAGUGGCUCUGGCCGAAGCAUUCUUACCAGGACUGGAAGAGGUUAAGAGAGGAGAAGCAAUGUUAAUGCGCUGCAAAGAUCUGAGCCAGACGAACUCAAUGAGACAUCGUUGGGAAAAGCCAAAGGGAAUACCUUCAUAUUUCGUGAUGAGAAAGAAGUGUCUUUACAUCGGCAGGGAUUAAAAAUAC